AUGGAUGCUCAAAAUAAAAUUGAAGAAAACAAAAAGCAAUCAUUGAAUAAUGAAAAUCUACAAACAACACAAAUUACAACUCCUAAAACAUUAAUACCAUCAAGAAAAAAUAAACAAAAACAAAUGCUUAGAAAGCAACUUAAACUUGUUAAAAACAAAGAAGUUAGAGCCGUACCAGGUAUAAUCUAUGAAACAAAAGCUAUUGAAAAUUUUUUAAAUUUUAAAAUUUUUUUAGGUGGUUAUUAUACCGGUCUCAUUAAUGAUAUGCAUAAAGACUACAUAAAUUUUAGAGAAAAAGGAACAUUUCUUCAAAUGGAAUAUUUAAAUCCAUUAAUUCAACAAACACAGCAAACGUCUGAAUUAAUAAAUCGUUUUUAUGAAGAAACUCGUUUAGAAGAAAAAAAAUUAGAAAAAUCUAAAGCACCAAGAACUCUUAAUGCAUUAUCAAUUCAAUGUACACUUCCAUCAAAAUAUGAUGAAUUAGAAAAUCUUUCGUCAUUAUCCUUUCUCGUUAAAUAUACAAAACCAUUAAUUAAUCGACAACAAAUUGUUAUGAAAUUAAUACGUAAAAUUCAACCUGAUAUCACAAUAGAUAUUGAUGAUGCUAAAGACAUUGUUUUCGAAUAUUUUAAUCAAUAUAAAACAUAUGAAGAUAUAGAUGAACUUUUUCAUUUUCUUAAUAUUAAUUCAUUAAAUAAUAAAUUUCAAUCAAAAGAAAUUAUUAUUAUUUGUUGUUAUGCUGAAAGAUAUUUUCUUCAUAAAUUAAAUAAAAAUGAAAAUAUUUUAUUUGAACGACCAUUACAAGAAAUCAUUGAUUUUGAAUUUUUAAAAAGAAAACUAGAUGGACUAAAAUUGACAGAUGAUUUUAAAAAUUUAAUUAAGACUUUAGAAGCACCGAAUAACAAAUAUCUUUAUAUGGAUAAAUCGUUUUUCUUAAGUCAAGGAUGGACAACUUAG